GCCCAGGCCGCUGCCCCUGACCCGCCAGGGCGCAGGGAACGGAAAGCCAGAAGGGGCAAGUCGAAUUCAGCUCGCCAUGGGGCUGUUUGGAAAAACUCAGGAGAAGCCGCCCAAAGAGCUGGUCAAUGAAUGGUCAUUGAAGAUAAGGAAGGAAAUGAGAGUAGUUGACAGACAAAUAAGAGAUAUCCAACGGGAAGAAGAAAAAGUGAAACGAUCUGUGAAAGAUGCUGCCAAGAAGGGCCAGAAGGAUGUUUGUGUAAUUCUGGCCAAGGAAAUGAUCAGGUCAAGAAAGGCUGUGAGCAAGCUCUAUGCAUCCAAAGCCCACAUGAACUCUGUGCUCAUGGGGAUGAAGAACCAGCUUGCGGUUCUGCGAGUGGCUGGCUCCCUGCAGAAGAGCACAGAGGUGAUGAAAGCCAUGCAGAGUCUUGUGAAGAUCCCAGAAAUCCAGGCCACCAUGAGGGAGCUGUCCAAGGAGAUGAUGAAGGCUGGGAUCAUAGAAGAGAUGUUAGAAGAUACUUUUGAAAGUAUGGACGAUCAGGAAGAAAUGGAAGAAGAAGCGGAAAUGGAAAUUGACAAGAUUCUGUUUGAAAUCACAGCAGGAGCCUUGGGCAAAGCACCCAGUAAAGUCACCGACGCCCUUCCAGAACCUGAACCUCCAGGAGCAAUGGCUGCCUCAGACGAGGAGGAGGAGGAGGAGGAGGAGGAGGAGGCCCUGGAGGCCAUGCAGUCCCGACUGGCAACACUGCGCAGCUAGGGG